AUGUCCAAUGUUCGAAGGAUGGCCCAUGUAGCUGUUUCUUCAUCUGCUUCUGAUCUUCUGCUCCCAGGCUGCGAGCUGACCAGCAGCACCAAAUCCUACACGUUUAAGGUGGAUGAGGAAGAUGACUCCGACCACAUCUUGGCUCUGUCUGUGGUUUGCCUCACGGAUGGUGCCAAGGAUGAGUGCAACGUGGUGGAGGUUGUUGGGCGAAACCACGAGAACCAGGAGAUCGCGGUGCCGGUGGCAAAUCUGAGGUUGUCGUGCCAGCCCUUGCUGAGUCUGGACAACUUCCAGCUGCAGCCUCCGGUGACUUUCCGUCUGGCAGCGGGCUCCGGCCCAGUGCACCUUGCCGGCUGGCACCAGAUCGUGCACAGGGAAGAUGACUCCUUUGAGGAGGAAGAUGACAUGUCUGAGGAUGAGAUUGCUCCCGUCAUGCCAGCCAAGAAGCAGCGAGGGAAGCAGUAACGGGUCUUCUGGCAAGGUACUUGCUGGAACUCCUGGGACGACUUUUGCCUCAGAUACCUCUUGCCUGGACCUCAACUUUUGCUGCUUCCU